AUGGCUUCAAAUUCAUUAUACACUCGGUUUUUAUUUCUUAUAACGAUUUCUUUGUGCAUUAUUGCACUCUUUUCUGACCUUAGUACUUCUUAUGAAAUGGAUAGUCUAUUUGGUGAACUGGAACCUAGAGACUUAAACUUUACAACACUUGAAAAACGAGACAAUCCAGUCGGUCAAGUCAAUAAAGGGGAUAUCACAUUCUAUGAUGUAGGCCUUGGUGCAUGCGGUAAAGUAAAUUCGAAUAGUGAUUUGAUUUGUGCACUCUCGCCUCAAGUAUUCGGUACUUCACCUGGCAACAAUCCAAACAAGAAUCCAAACUGCGGUAGGCAACUUCAAGUGACUUGCGGUUCUAAGUCUGUCGUAGUUACGGCUGUGGAUCGAUGUGCAGGAUGUGGUCCCCAAGAUGUUGAUUUAAGUCCUAGUGCGUUUGGUAGACUCCUUGCUCUUGCA